AUGGCUACAUUUGUUACAAAUAAUGUUCAUGGUCAAAUUAAAAUCAAAGGUGAACAAGUCGAUUUUAAUGGUGACGAAAUUCUUGAUGUAUCUGUUCGUGAUACACUUCGAUAUGAUGCUGAAUGUAUUAUAUUAGGUUCAACGAAUAUACGUUUACAUAAAGAACAACAAAUGCCAAUUAAAUAUCAAUGUUAUUAUGAUCCAAAUAAAGCACAUAUGAAAUUUGAACAAAUUAAAUCAAUACCAGGGGGAAUAACUCUAUCAGCAAGUAUUGAACGAAAUGGACAAUUAUUAUAUGCAAACGAUACAGAUCUUCCAUUAGCAGAAGAAGUCAAUAUUGAAUUAGUUAAAAUUGAAUAA